CCGGGAGAAAUGGCCGAUCGUCUAACUCAAAUUCAAGAUUUAGUAAAUGACUUGGCAAAUCAUAUAUGUAAUUCAAUUGGUGUUUUACAAGCUGAUCCAACACUGUCUUGUGAUUUUGGUUCAGUCUCGAAGGAGGUUGAAGACGAAAAAAAUUGUCAACUAUUUGCACAACAUAUAGCACAUACUUCCAAAGAUAUUGAAGUUUUGGUAGAAUCCUUACCUCCAGCAGAACAAUCACUCGAAUUACAUGAAAAAGAACUUUUAGAAUUGGAUGAUCAACGUGCACAAGCUGCAAAAGAAUUGGAAUUAGCUGUUGAAAAAGCUGAAAAACUUACUGAAAGAACGAGAGAAUUACUCUCAAAAAUUGCUUAUGCACAAAUGAUGUCGAGACCAAAUGCUUAAAG